AUGAUGUGGCGGCUGCUGCUGCUCGCGGCCUUCUGCCGCGCCGAGUCGCCGCACGAUGCGAUCUUCGCGGCGCUGCAUUCGCCGCCGAUCGAGAUCCUCUCGCCGACGCAGAACCAGGUGCUCGAGUCGUCGAGCCUCAGCAUCGGCAUCGUCGUGCGCGAGCCGUCGCGAGCCCUCGAGAACCCACAGGUCUGCGUCGGCGUUGCGCCCGUCGCUCGCCGGCAGAGCUCGAAUCUGAGCGAAAACUGCUUUGAGCAGACCAACAUGACGACGUUCCACGCGACAAACCUCGAGCCCGGCACCCGCUACCACGUCAACGUGCAGCUCGUCGACCGCGGCAACGUCAUCGCCAUGUCGCUGCGCCACUUUCGCGUGGCUGCCGUGCCUCUCGAGCACGGCUACGUCACGGUCGAGGCAGCGCUCGAGGCGGCCGAGCACCUGUACACCGAUGGCCAGCUGGAGGCGGCCAUGGCCGUUUACGAACGCAUCCUCGCCCAAGUGCCCGACCACGAAGGUGCCACGUACGCGUACAUUGUCGUGCUGGUCAAGGCCAAGCAAGACGAGACGUUGAUCUCGGUGUUGGGCGCGGCGCUGCAGCGCAACCCGUCGCACGCCAUGUACCACAACCUCCUCGCGAUCUCUCUGCGCCGCAAGGGACAGCUGGAUGCUGCGCUGGACCACUGGCGCCGCGCCAUCGCGCUCGACCCCAACUUUGUUUUAGCGCAAAUGAAUCUUGGCUCGGUCUUGCAAGACCACGGGUACCUCGAGGCCGCGCUGCCGGAGCUCCGCGCGGUCGUCCAUCGCCUCGACGAUCUGCAAGACGACGCGAUCGCGUACGAAGCUGUCGGGCGCCUGUGCUCGGUCUUCAUCGACUUUGAAGAGAUCCAUAACGCGCAGCAGUGCUUGAGCACCGCUCUCGAGCGCUGGCCCACGGACGCGCAGUUUCGCAUUGCUGCUGGCAACCUCUUUUGGCGCGCCUACGACGUGGACGCGGCGCUCGAUCAGUACGCGAUCGUAGAGCCCGACGUGGUUCCUGCGAUGGUGUACGCCGCGGUCGCUCGCGAGCACCAGGGCGACGCGGAAGGCAGCGCGGCCUUGCUGGACAAGGCGCAAGCGCUGGCCAUCACGCAGGGCAAGCCGUUCAGCUACAUCCAGGUUCUCCGCGCGCUGGUGCUGCCAUGGAUCCACCCGAGUGACGACCGCUCAGUCGAUGCCGUGCGCGCCGCCAUGGAAGCCAGCCUCGACGCGCUCACCGACCUGCAACCCGAUGACAUGGCUCCGUCACGCCGGCGCUUCAGCCUCGCGCUUCCGCUGCACGCGCACCUGCGCAACAACAAGCAUCUGCGCGCCAAGAUAGCAGACGCCUUUCGGGGCUUGCUGCCCGCGGGUUCGAGGCAGGUGGCAGCGCAGCGCUUCGACUCGCCGCAUUUUGGCGCCGUCGCGAACCUCACGCGCACGCGCGUCGGCUUUGUCGGGCGACUCGCUCGCGCCUCGUGGCUCCGCGAGACGUUCUCUGCGCUCAUCCAGCAGCUCGACACGCAGCGCUUUGAGGUGUUUUUGUUUACGCUCGACGCCAAGGAAGACGGCGCGGCCGACUAUAUCGAACACGUACGCGCGAGGAUCGUCGUGGUCGCCGACGCAGUGGCGCAGGCCGCCGCCAUCAUCCGCAGCUGCAGCAUCGACGUGCUCGUCUACCCCAGCCUGGGCGACGACGCGACGACGUAUGCGCUGAGCUUGCUGCGCCUCGCUACCGUCCAGGCCGUGUGGUACGGCCUCCCAGAGACGUCGGGCGUGCCCACCAUCGACUACGCUCUGACGUCGACGCUCGAGGCAGCGGGGCACGAAGACCACUACACCGAGGCGCUCUUCCCACUCACCGGCUUCGGCCUCUUCGUUCCGGCCCACGAGCCCGCGCCAGUGCCCGCGGCGACGGUCCAAGGCGUCCGAACGGUCCUCAAGCAGAUAUUCGACUGGCCUGUCGACGACCUGAUGCGCGUUUACAUCCUGCCGAGCGACAUUGUGUCGAUGCACGCCGACAUGGUCGUCGCCAUCAAGCGGCUGCUGCGGCUCGACGGGUCUGCGUGCGUGCUGAUUGCCUCCGCGGACCAGUCCGCGACGCUCGAGAGACAGCUGCUCGAGCGCAUUGGCCUCCACAGCCCUCGCGUCCAGUUUAGUCGCCUCGAGUUCUCGAUGCGCGUCUUGAUGCGCGGCGCGGACGUCGUGCUCCAGCCGCUCUACACCCCGCGCGUCCAGCCGACCAUCCACGCGCUCCGAGAAGGCAUCCCGAUCGUGACGCUGCCGAAAGCCUUUUGGCGCACGCGCCUCGCGGCCGCCAUGCUCGAGGAGGUCGGCGUCGCCGACGUCUACGUGCGCCGCGCGAUCCAGCUCGCGUCGAAGCGCGCACUGCGCGACGAGGUCAUCGGGCGCUUGGUGCGUGGACGGGAUGUUCUCUUUGAGGACGAGACGGCCGUCUCCGAGUGGACGCGCUUCUUUACCUUUGCUUCCGAUGGGCCCCCGAGCCAACGCCAACCGCUUCUUUUGACGUAG